ACUGCGGGUGGCUGGACCGGUGCAGCCCUAACCCGACGGUUCGCCUUGCGCUGAGCCAUGGCGGAGAGGCCAGCGGACCCCCGGGGCCUACAUGGCCGCAUCCUGGGGUGGUUGGUGGACAAUUUCUGCAUUUGUGAAGGGUACAGCUUGCCUCGCUGUCUCGUGUAUGAGAUGUAUGUGGAGACCUGUGGGCAGAAUGCUCAGAACCAAGUCAAUGCGGCAACGUUUGGGAAGCUCGUGCACCUGGCCUUCCCGGACCUCGGCACCCGCCGGCUGGGGACCAGAGGCAGCGCUAGGUAUCAUUAUGAUGGAAUCUAUAUGAAGAAGAGUUCUUUCUUCUAUUCCCAGUAUUGCUGCCUCCUGGGUGAGAAAAGGAGUCCCAGUGGAGAUGUUGCCUUUGAAAAAUCUAUCGAUUCUAACAACAUCGUCCAGCAAGAAAGAACUUGUGAAAAUAAUUCACCACUAAAGACAGGUCCAGUUGUCCCUCCUCUAUCUGAAAUCAGAAGAUGUCCUCUUUGGGAGCAAGAACUGGCAAAGAAAUACUCCUAUACAAUGAUGGCCUUCCUUGCUGAUGAAUACUGCAACUACUGUCAAGACAUUUUGCAAAAUGUGAAGAACCAAGAACUCGAGAGGGUGCAAGACUUGCUUAUGUCUUUCUGGAAAUCUCUACAGCAAGACAUAGUAAUGUUCAUGGCCCUUCCUGAUGUGUGCCAGCUCUUGAAGUCCUAUGAUGCACAGCUGUACAAGGGACUUGAAGAUAUUCUCCUGUGUGACUUUCUGGAUGCCGUUUCUAUCCAGUACCUGAAAUCUGUCCGGUUAUUUAGCAAGAAAUUUAAGCACUGGCUUCUUAAGGCAUUGGAAGGUUUCCCAUCCCUCUUGCAGGUCUCCAAACUCAAAGAGGUCACCGUGUUUGUCAACAGACUCCGGAGGAAGACGUACCUGUCCAAUAUGGCAACGACCAUGAGGACCAUGCUGAGAAACAGCAGGAGGGUCAGGCUCCUGAAGUCAGAUCUCCAAGCCAUCAUCAGCCAGGGGGCCUUGGACAUCUCUCCGAAGGGGCUGGCCAGUGACCUGAGCCACACAGAGGAGCCCGAGAGCGCCCCAGAGAUGAAAUGUUUAAGCUGUUUAAUUUCUCUGCUGGGAACAUCAACAGAUCUUGGCAUAUUCCUGAAUUGUCUGUCUUCACAUCUCCAAGUAUUUGUCUUCCAGCCAAGCAAAAGCAAAGAGGAGUUUAUCAAACAGGCUGCCAGCUUCCAGCUGAAGUGGAAUUUUCUUCUCACCGCCGUGAGCAAAGCCAUGACUCUCUGCCACAGGGACAGUUUUGGCUCCUGGCAUCUGUUACAUUUGCUGCUUUUGGAAUACGUGACUCACAUAUUUCAGUCAUGCCUGGAAGAAGAAGAGGAAGAGGAGGACGUGGGGAACCCCAAGGAUGUGCUUCCAGAUGACCAGUCUCUCAUCCAGCCAGUCCAGACCCUUUUCCACCCUCUAGAUUCUCCACUACCUCAGGAGUACGAAAGCCCAGGUGCUGGGCCACCAUGGGUGACACUGGGACACAAAAGUCAUGGCCUCAGUCCCAUGGGUGUGAGCAGCACGGUCCUCUGGGUCCUGGGCUUCCUGGUGGACACUGCCACGAGCAAUAAGCUCGUCCAAGUGUUGCUGGAGGACAAGGCCACCAAAAGCGCCAUGAGACUCAGCCUUCCCAUGGGAGAAGAGGCCCUCAUCACCCUGAAAGAUGGACGAAGAUUUGUGAUCCACAUAUCUGACGUUCCCUAAAGGUCUGAGAAAGCAGGGCUAGCAUGAAAAAGAAAAAUGGUUUAAACGAACAAGCCAUGAGGAAGCAGCUAGAGUUGCCUUCUUAAAAAUAUGUUAAAUCCUAAAGCUUUUAUAUUGCUAUGAAAAAGG